GCCGUGCUCGCUCCGAGACAUUGCGCUCGCCGUGUACGACGUGACACGGGCGAAGCGCGGUCGCUCUGGCAUUUCUCGUCACAGGGUCUACCUCGCCGCCAUGGACCCUCUACACCACAGUGCCGGGCUCUUCAUCGACCCUUCGGUCUCGCCCUUCUCGCCUUCGUCACGCGACGAUGUCCCUUCCUCAGCCGCCAGCACACACCAUGGCCACCAGGAGCUUGACGACUUCCAUUUUGACUUUGACCAGGCCUUUGCCGACCUCGACUCGGUCUCGUUCGCCCUACAAAAGCCCUCACACGACGAUGCCUGCCUCUCGACCUGUGUUGCAGGCAUUGGCGGGUUCCCUCACCAUCAGCCCCCGGCAGCUCAUCGAGGCGCCGUACUCUCUCAGGCCAGUCACGCUCGCCAGCGUCAUUCGGUCUCUUCGGUUCCUUGCACUCCCUACCUCGGCUUCACCACAGAUUUCUACCAGCCGACGCCACUGUCUCAGCAGCCACAACACUUUACGCAUGCCCAUUCAUAUGGACUCGGCCCUGCGCUGGAUUUCAAGCUGCCCAUGGCUUUUGAUCAUAAAGGCAACGACAUGACUUUCCAAAACCUCCAGCAGCUGGGCAAUGUCUGCGAUCCCAACGCCGAAGUGUGCCAUCUGACCUCGUGCCCAGUCAUCGACGACUGUGCCUCGGUCAACUGCAGCAUGGUCUCUUGCUCCGAACAGUGCUGCUCUGUCGAGGUCUGCCACGAUGAGGCGUGUGAAGAUGGUCUCUGUCAGGAAGAUGGCUGUGAUCAGGGCACGCCAUGCGACAAUGUGGACUGCCUGGACCCUGCUAUCUCUGAGCACUAUGAUCCCAUGUGGCACGUACACCACGACGACUGGCUGUCCGAGAGUCAUCUGAAGGACCACCCGACAGCACAUAGCCAGCAGUCAUGCAACCACACGAAUGCGGAACAUGACGUCGCCGCCACGUUGCGAGACUUGAAAGCACCGUCCAGUGACAUGCAUCCUGCCAUGUUUCCAGGUUUCGGCUGCAGCAUAUUAGACGGAUUGGACCAUCCUGACCCUCCACCUCACCACUUCUCCCCACCACCAGCGCAGCCAGAUCUCACAUACGCCUCCACUGUGGACUCAAGUCCGCCCGAGUCAAAGACGGACUGCGCAUCGCAUACCUGCCUAUGGUCAUUGGGGACGACCGAAUCAGGCGACCAGGAGCAUGUCUGCGGCAAGGUCUUCGAAACUAGCGAGCAACUGAACGACCACUUAUGUCAGGACCACGUGACCUUCAUGUCGAGUAAAACGAAAUACAUAUGCUUAUGGAAGGGAUGCAUGCGGCGUGACGACCAGGUAUUUGCUUCUCGCAACAAACUGCGGCGACACAUUGCCACACAUACCUGCUACAAACCACACCAAUGCCUGAUAUGCGGCGAGAGAUUCUCUGCGAAACAAGCGCUAGACCAGCACGAGCGCACGCACACGGGUGACAAGCCGUACACGUGCCCGUACGAGGGCUGCACCAAGUCAUUCAAGCAGAAGAGCGCACUGACGAUGCACAUCCGCACGCACACGGGCGAAAAGCCGCUCAAGUGCGAGAUUUGCGGCAAGAGCUUCUGUGAGUCGUCGAACCUGUCGAAGCACCGCAAGACACACAAUCCGGACUACAAGUAUAAGUGCGAUGAGCCCGGGUGCGACAGCCAGUUCAUCCGUAUCGACCAGCUGCGCCGGCACCAGGCCAAGCAUGUCCGGCAGAAGAAGAAGAGUGAUGCAAGGUCAUCGCAGCAGCAGCAGAAGACGAAUGUGUCUACAGUGAACCCGGUGCCUGCUGUCGCGGGGGAUUGGGCGUUGAUUGAUAUCUAAGUUGAGCCGCGCGUUGAACGUGUUUCCGCGUCAUAGCAUCCCAUGUAUAUAAUUCGAAGCGAAGCAUGACGUCCAUGAGGGACUGGCGGAAGCGAAGAACUGAAGCCCAAAAAGUACAACGACGUGGUUUUUCACAAUUUCUUUGUCCACAUGUUGCACUCCGCGCACACAUACGCGCGUCGAUAGCUUCAAAACGGUCAAAC